GUGGAACAUAGUUUCUAAGAACAGUUUGCAUAUUUACAAGCACCGGUAAUAUGACAUUGUUCAGACUGAUUUUUUUGUGACACAAAUCAUGAAUAAAUUUACAAAUGAAAAAUUGCGUGAGCUAGUAGAUCACGCCAUAGUCCAAGCUAUUUUCUUGUUUAUAGAGUUUAAGAAAAAGCUCAAACUAAAAUAUUUUGAAAUCACGAGAUACCAGUCCGUUACUAAAUAAACAAGUGAUGAUGUGAGGCUUCUGUUUGAGGAGACUGGACCUAUCAUAGUAUGCAUAAGCAACAGCAGAAUUAACCAGUAUCUAAAAACUUGCAUCAUGCAUCAGUUAUUGCAUUACACUGGCAAUGAUGCCUAGUUCAACGAUAAAUGCUUGAAAGAAAUCAAAGGCAGUAAACUGUCGAGAAUUUGUAAACAAGGCCUAGCAUUGCAUGCCACGAUAGAUAGUGAAUGGUUCUGGAUGGAUAGAGGUCGCUCAAUUAUUUGCUGGUAAAUCAUCCAGUAACAGGUGGCUGCUUGACUUUUGCACUCAACAAUUACGAUUUUGGAAUGCUUGUUGGGUGUAAAGAUGCUUUUCAAGCAACAUUAGCCAAACACUGGGACUAAAACGAAAGAGUAUCUACAAGAAUUGUGUCGGGCCUUCUAAGGGCCCAUGUAAAAUUUGUUGCAAUGACUCGGAAUGUCAGAGGAAUCAACGAAAAUUCCAUUACCUGCAAUUGUCUUCAUAUCAGUUCUUCUGGGAUGUAUAGUCAUUCUUUGUAUUAUAUACCAAUUACUAAAACGAGGCAAGUGUUGUCAGGUGCAUGGAGCAGAAGUUGGAGACGAGGAGGAGCAGGAAGAACUUAUAACGAACGAAGAAGGCGGGAAGGAAUCAAUAAAAAAGAAUACAAAAGACACUGCCUCAGAGCAAGACUCCGGUCUUCCAAAUGUGGGUGCCGUGAUAGCAAGCUCCUCUGCUCUCGGCGCUGCCUUUGUAGGAGUGACUGUAGAACCAGCAGCUGGUCCAAGUGGGGAAACCCAAUCGCCAGGACUAGCAGCUGCAAGCUCUACCUUAAUAGAUGCCACAGGUAACACAAGCAUAGACUUAACAGUGUCGGAUGGAUCCUUUCCUUUGGUUCACUUAUUACCGGUUGAAGAUGAACCUGUAUCAAAUUGUGGGAAGGUUCUUUUAGAGACAACAUUUUCACCAGUAGCUAAUAAAAUGAUAAUUUCAGUCGUCAGGGCUGCAGACGUACCAGGAGUUGAUCGUGGAGGUACAGCUAUGGUUGAAGUUCAUAUAGCAAUUUUGCCAAAUAAAAGAUGGAAAUUCCGGACGAGGGCCAGACCGUCGAAUAGCCCUGUUUUUAAUGAACGAUAUACAUUAUAUCCAGUAACUUUGAAACUUUUAGAAGACAUGAGCAUACGCGUGAGGCUUUAUGGGAGAAAAAAGCUGGGGAAAAAAGUACUUGGAGAGCUAGAGGUACCAAUGACAGACAUUGAUUUACACGGUGAUUUGUGUGAUGAGCCAAUGUGGAAAACACUGUUGCCUUUUGGGAUGGUGGAACCUCCAAUCAGGCCACAAUCGUCAGCAUCGAAGGGUUCAUCGAUUGUUAAAGGAGAUCCACCAGAGCUGCAAAUAUCAUUGCAUUACAAGUCAAUGACAGGAAGGCUAGAAGUUGGAGUAUUGAAAGGGAGAAGUUUGACAGGAAUUUUAUCAUCACCAAAACAAGCUUGCUAUGUCCAUCUACUUUUUCUUGGGCCUGAAGACUUUGCAACACAAGGCACAACGAAAAGGAAGAAAGGUCCAGAACCUGAGUUCGAAGAAACCUUUAUAUUUACGAUGGGCCACGACGAGAUUCCCGAAGUCGCUCUCACGCUUUCUUUGAAAACAGGUAACACAGUCAUAGGCUGGUUUUCUUUGGGACGAAACUACAGUGGGACAAGAGAAGAAAGAACGUGGAAGGCUUUGUAUGAGAAUAGUGACGUCACACUGAGGCAGUGGCUGAGACUUCUGAGUGCUAGUUAGUUCAGGUUUCGUGUAUAACUAGAAUUAACUAACACUCGUUUGAGACACCAGCAAUCAUCAUAGGUCCUAUGGCACUACAGAAACUAUAGUUGAUUUGCGAAUUCUCUGCAAAACGUAUAUGCUCUCACAAUUGUCAACCAUUUGAGACACUAGCCUACUCUUGGAUUCUGUCCACAUUGCUAUAUUAAGUGUCCAAAAAAGAAAAUGAAUUUAGAAAGCACAUUAUAGCUCAUUAUGCAAAAAAGCACCUAAAAAGAAUUAUAUAUGUAUUCGAAACAAAAAACAUAUCAAUUUUGAACAUUUCAUAUUCUUUCAGAACUCUUAUAGGAUGCGGAAAAUAAUUUUUGAUUAAGAACGGUAGUAAAAAUAAUCGAUGUGGAAAGCAGGCAAAACAAUGUGCUAAGACGCACCAAUACAGAAAAAGACCAAUGAAGCUACAUACGAAAUGAUGUAAGAAAAUCUUACCUAUAAAGCAAAUUUAUCUUUUCGCGGGUGCUUGCUGUAAAACCUUGCUUUAAAAUUACAUAACUGUUUAGCGAACGCAGGACUAGUGCUUUAAAAAACGAUAUUUAAUGUCAAUAUAAAUGUUUUAAGGACGAAAGCACAACUAAAUAUGGAUUACAGUAGAUAUAAAUCGUGGAUAAAUGUUCUGUUUUGCAGACAAGUAGUUUGUAGGAUUGAUCACCAGGAAUAAGGAUAUCAUUUUGUACAAAAUUCUGGAAUUUUCAAUUUUCUGGCUAUUUAUAAUUUUGAUUUUGUGACAUUUUAUACGCCGUUUAACAUCACAUGUACACACCUUGUAAUAUGUUUUUUAUACAAAGUAAACAAAUAGACUUUAUAUUCGAUUUGUUCAAGCUUCUCUAAACUUUAAGAUACACGGCUUUGCUUUGCAGUAAAACUACAAUAACAUCUAAUCAGGAUUCGACUGAAUUCUCCCCCCCCCCCAUCAGCAUUCCCUAUGCAGUACUGCCUUUGUAAGGUACACGCAGUGCCACGUCCUCUUCAAUUACUUCCGCUUUCUAACUGUUUCAACUGAUAGCAUCAUUUCCUUUCCCAAAAUUCCCCUUUUCAUGUCUUUAUAAAUACCUUCGUUACAUUCCUAUUACAAUUCAACAAAACUUUUGAUUCGUCGAUUCUAUUUUUCAUCUUUCUCUUUCCCACAACUUUCAUAGCAAUAACGAAAUACUCUUCCACGCAUUUCUUUCCGAGUUAUUCAUUAUGCGAAAUAUGCGCGCCCGACUCAUGCUUGUUUGACUGUACAACAGAAACGUCAUAAGAAGAGGAAGCCCUCAAAACGCAAACAUUUGUUUGGUCUCCAUCAUUCUUAACAGUAAAAAUUUAAUCUAACUUAGAAG